AACGGGGGUGAUAAGCUACUAUAGCUUCAUUACGGACGCCUGUAAGUGUCAAGCUUUAGCUCGGAACCUGUUCCUAGUGGUCAGGCUGUACUAGUCGAUCGCAGAGCUGUUCGGUGCCCUUACGAAACAGCUUCCCCGUGCGAAGUGUACACAGGGCAAAAUGAGGCUCCCGGGUCUGAGGAGGGGGACAGAACUGCUGCGGCUCUUUGGGGUGGCCGAGUACCAUACAUCGUACAGAGUGUUGGGCGGAUUAUCAGAUGAAAAGAAGGACCUCAUUCACAAUGGACCAGACUUAAAAGAUUUUAUAUCUGGGGAUCUGACGGAUAAAAAUGUAUGGUCAGACUAUAAAGGCAACCUGAAGCGUGAGAAGGGCGAGAGAUUAAGGCUCCCCCCUUGGGCAAAGACUGAAAUUCCGAUGGGAAAAAAUUAUAAUAAACUGAAAAACACAUUAAGAAGCCUGAAUCUUCACACUGUAUGUGAAGAAGCCCGAUGUCCCAACAUUGGAGAGUGCUGGGGUGGUGGAGAAUAUGGAACUGCUACUGCAACUAUCAUGUUAAUGGGAGACACUUGUACCAGGGGCUGCCGCUUCUGUUCAGUGAAAACCGCUAAAAAGCCUCCACCUCUUGAUCCAGAUGAGCCGUACAAUACAGCUAAAGCCAUAGCGGAUUGGGGACUGGACUACGUAGUCCUCACUUCUGUGGACAGAGAUGAUCUCCCAGACGGAGGAGCUGAACAUUUUGCGAGAACAGUGUCUCUUUUGAAAGAGAGGAAUUCCAAAAUCCUUAUUGAAUGUCUAACGUCAGAUUUCCGUGGUGAUAAGAAAGCUGUAGAAACCAUCGUCCGUUCCAGACCUGACGUUUAUGCCCAUAAUGUGGAGACUGUUCCAGCUCUGCAAAGGCAAGUCCGUGACCCUCGUGCAAACUUUGAGCAAUCUAUUAGUGUCCUAAAACAUGCUAAAGAUGUGCGGCCGGACAUUAUCACUAAAACAUCCAUCAUGCUGGGUUUAGGAGAGUCGGAUGAACAAGUCUAUGACACCAUGACAGCCUUACGUGAAGCAGAAGUCGACUGUCUGACCCUUGGACAGUACAUGCAGCCAACAAAGCGUCAUCUUAAGGUUGAAGAAUAUGUCACACCUGAAAAGUUUAAGCACUGGGAGAAAAUGGGCAACGAGCUAGGAUUCCUGUACACGGCCAGUGGUCCUCUGGUCCGAUCAUCCUACAAAGCCGGUGAAUUCUUCUUGAAGAAUCUGGUAGAGAAGAGGAAAAGAAAGGCCAUAUAAAGAAGAGCAUGGCAGUGGUAUAUGGACUUACUUACUAGUAGAAAGCCAUGUCAUGCCAUGUGGUAUAUUAGGUGAUCGGUGUCGUCGCCAUGGGGUAUUACUGAAAGUUGUCCAUUGCUUCAGGCUGUAAAAAAAACCUUUAGAUUUGAACAAGUUUUUCACCAUGAAAAAGUUGCAAAUUUUGGCAUACUGCAUUAUGGUGCAAAAAUUUGCAGCUUUUUGUGAUUUUACUCCAUUCCUGCAACUUUUAUAAAGUCACCAAAAAGGCACUAGUGGCUUCGUGUAAAAUAAAAUGGAGUAACAUCUGUAGACAAAGGGGUUAUUCCUAUCUAGGACAUUUAUUUUAUAUGGAUAGCAGCAGGACCCCUACCUAUCUCCAGAACAGGCCACCCUCCAUUUAAUGCCAUAGGAGUACUGAAAAUGGCAGAGUGCUGGCAUGGCAUCUUUCAGAAGUCCCAUAGUUGAAGGCAGAGGUGGCACCACCUGCGUGGCCUGCUCCCCAUAUACCGCUAUGGGCUUCUGAAAAUAGCCAAGCAUGCACGCUCAGCCAGUUUUUAGAAGUCCUAUAGCAAUAAAUGGAGAGGACACUGGCAAGUGUGGUGUGCUUUGCCCCUAUCUGACAGCUAUGGCACAGCCUAUCAAUAUGCCAUGUAGGUUACAGAUGGGACAACCCCUUUAAGGGAAUUUAUCAUUCUCCUCCCCAUGACAGUUUUCUGGCGUAAAAAGUCACAAACCCUGUGUUUACAACUUUUUAAAUGCUACAUGCGAUGAAAACAGAAAGCUACGACAGCUAGGAGGCUACCAUAGAUUUCAGGCUGGUGUGUAGCCUGUAGCAUGAUGAGCCCUG